UAUCUUCCUGGUCUUUUCUACCUUCAAGCUCUCUCUCUCUUUCUCUCUCUAUCUCAUUUGUAUAUAAUCAACCAAUCACACAAGACUCGUGAGAAGAGGACGAAAACGCGUUUUCUGUGCCGAGAGUCAAUUCGCAACUUUUUUUUUUUCUAAUUUUUCAUUAAAUUCGAAUCGUUUAAAUUUCGCUUCUGGGGUGGGGCUCUCCGAUUUAGGUUACGAUGGGGAUGGACUUGAGGGUUGUUCCGGCGGAGGAGUGGUGGGAACGAGGAGGGAGAGAUUCAAGCCUCGACGGUGAACGUGACCUAGGCCUUAUGGUUACGGAUUUUCUCGAGACGGGAGGAGGUGGUGGAAGCGGCGGCGGUGAUUCGUGGUGUAGCAGCGAUAGCGAUUCUGGAUUCCCGGAUCCUUCUUACCUUUCCGAUAAGAUUCAGUUUCUCAAGUACUCUAUGCCUCAGCACGAAACCGAGGUUCUCUCCGCGGUUCGGACCCUCAUGCUUUCUAUUAAGGAGAAAGAUCUCCACUCCGUGAAGUCCGGUACGUGUAACGCCAGUUGCAUCAGGUUUUAUCUCGCAAAGCUCUUACGCCUCUCCGGAUAUAACGCUGCUGUUUGCUCAGCAAGAUGGCAAGGCACUGGCAAAGUUCCUGGUGGAGACAACGAAUACAUAGACAUCAUAAUGAGUGACACUCCUGUUGGCCAAGACGACCGUUUGAUCAUCGACAUUGAUUUCAGAAGCCACUUCGAAAUCGCACGAGCUGUGGAUUCAUACCAACGGAUUAUGGAAUCGCUCCCAGUGGUCUACGUAGGAACGGUCGCGAGACUAAACCAGUUCCUCCAAGUAAUGGUCGACGCGGCUAAAUUCUCUUUAAAGCAGAACUCAAUGCCGUUGCCUCCAUGGAGAUCGCUGAACUACCUGCAGUCCAAGUGGCUUUCACCUUACAAGCGCCAUCUUGGACCGAUCAAUCAAGAAGGUGCAGGAAUGUUCUCACCGGGAUUGCACAGUCGGUGUGCUGAGAAUCUAAAGAGGUUUCAGGUGGCUCUUCAUGCCGAACAAGAGGCAGAGAGGUUCGUGAAGAAGAGUCACCGCGAGAGGAUGAGAAUUCACGGGGCUCCUUGAGGGUUUGUACAAAAUGUGGCUAUCAUGAGGCCAAAGAAUUUUGCUCUGUUUGAGUCAAUUUUUCUGAGUGUAAUAUUUGUUUUUGCGGCUGUUUUUUCUUUAUAUGUGGGUUUUUACACACUAGUAGCCAAGGCUAUAGGCUUUAUACAAAGAAGGUAAUAUACAAAAUAACACGUCAGGUACCUUAAUAUUUUUCCACCGUUGUAUGAUUUUGUCUUUCGGAGAGUUUGUUCUAACGUCUAAGCAUGUUUUAAUGUUAUGAUCUUUUUCUUACACUAAUACAGUAAUACAUGUGCUCAGACCUCA